GACAACUCUGCUGUGCAGACACAACAAGCGCUGAAACAUUUGAAUUAACAGCAGCAGACUAAAGAGCAAGAUGGAGGACUACUAUUACCAUGACGACCAGGACUCCAGCUUCAACGCCAGCUACGACUACAGCUAUGACCACUCGGUGUGCGACAAGGAGACUGUGCGUUCGUUCGCCAGUGUCUUCCUCCCGGCCAUCUACUCGCUGGCACUGGUGGUGGGCCUGGCGGGGAACGCUCUGGUUGUGGCGGUCUACGCGUCACGCUCUCGACUGCGCACCUUGACAGACGUGUGCAUCCUUAACCUGGCCAUCUCGGACCUGCUCCUGCUCGUCACGCUGCCGUUCUGGGCGGCUGACGCCGUGCACGGUUGGAGGUUGGGCUCAGCUGCCUGCAAGCUCACCUCAUUCCUCUACAGCACCAACUUCAGCUGUGGCAUGCUUCUGCUGGCCUGCAUCAGCGUGGACCGCUACAGGGCCGUAGCCCAGAGCACGGCAGGGAGGGCCGCUAGGGGCCCCCGCGUACGGAGAAAGUGGCUCGUGGUGUGCUUGGCGUUGUGGGCGGUGGCUAGCUUCCUUGGUCUCCCCGAGUUGGUCUUCUCCACCGUCAAGCACUCCCAUCACAGGAUAUACUGUACGGCUGUGUACCCGCACAGCAUGGCCCGACCCGCCAAAGCUACCCUGGAGCUGCUGGAGGUUGGCCUCAGGUUUGUGCUGCCUUUCCUGGUUAUGGUGGUCUGCUACUGCUUGUUGGGCCGUGCCCUGGGCCGAGUGGCGGGCAUGCAGAGGGAGCGGAAGUGGCGGGCCCUGCGGGUGCUGUUAGCGGUGGUGGCCGUCUUCCUGCUGACUCAGCUUCCUUACAAUGUGGUAAAACUAUGCAGAGCGCUGGACAUCAUCUACAUGCUAGUGACCGACUGUGAGGUCAGUAAGGGCUUAGAUCACGCCCUCCAAGUGACCGAGAGCCUGGCGCUGACCCACGCCUGCAUUAACCCGCUCCUCUACGCAUUCAUCGGUUCCUCCUUCAGGGGACACAUCCUCAAAGCUGCCAAGCGUCUCGGUCAGCAACUCGGGCAGCACCCCGAACGAGAGGCCGGCGAGCCAGCGGUAGAGAUCGCGCUCACCGCUCGCAAUCAAAACCAAUCCCAGUCUGGAUCCGAGGAACCAGACACAAGCACGUUUACCAUGUGAAGUGCACACAGAACUCGCCACAACACUAACUUGAGGAGCGCAUUCCAGUGUAGGACACAAAACCUCUAACAUGCCGCGACUCCCAUGAAACAUUCAUUUAGAUGUUGCUACAUUGAUAUUAGAGGUUAUGUAAAAUACUCGUUCCCGAGAAACUCAGUAGUUAGGCUAGGGAAAAGAUCAUCAGAUUUAGGAAAUCGCAGUUAGGGAGCAAACAUCUCUGCUUUUUAGCUACGGACAUUGAAGGAGAUGGAAUGUUGAGAGAGUGACUGAGUCUUUGUAAGCAUAGGGUAACCCGAGGGUGUCCAAACACUUUCUGGUGAGGGCUGCAGCCCGAAAAGUCAACACGAUGCUCAGUGGCAUGUCCAGGCAGUGGCCUACGGUGCCACCACUAGAAUCCGAUAGGCCACCCAAGGUGCUACCCCGCUUAUAGGUGGAACGAUUUGAAGCAUACGAACGUAGCGUAGUAAGUCAGAGGCCGGUAUUCUGUCCACACAUAUCCUGCGAGUGGCGGUAGUGUGCUUGAUCUAGUGAUGUGACGAGAUGUGCGGAGGCUUCGAGGCGUGUGUCGAGUAAUGGAGGGGGCGUUUCGGCUAAGCGCGUGAAGCGAGCCUCGCUGUACCACGUGACCGAUUCGGGCCCUGGAUAAGCUUUAGCGAGGAGAUUCGUCAACACACAAACUCAUACUUGCCAACCCUCACGGAUUUUCCGGGAGACUCCCGAAAUUCAGCGCCUCUCCCGAAAACCUCCCGGGACAAAUUUUCUCCCAAAAAUCUUCCGAAAUUCAGGCGGAGCUGGAGGCCACGCGCCCUCCAGCUCCAUGCGGACCUGAGUCCGCUUUCCCACAAUAUAAAGAACGUCUAAGGUAAAGCAGUCCGUCUGCCGUAAACAGCAAUGUUGUGACACUCUUAAACAGGACAAUACUGCCAUCUAGUGCAUUUGAUGAAAGCACUUUUGUGUGUGCCACACAGCAAUGCAUAAUCAGAGAGGGUGUUCAUCAUGGUUAGAAAGAUAGUGACAGAGAAU